UUAACAUCCGGGUCACACAGCAAGUAAACAGAGCUGCUAUUUCUGCUCCAGCUUGUGGGUAAACUUUGUUAAACCGAACCAACGUUUCUUUAAUAGUAGAAGAAACAUUAAAGAGUUGAAGUAUUGCAUCAUUAUUUAAGGAAAACUUUAAACUACAGCUGGAGACUCCGACGUAUCUGGAUACUGACUGUUGUUGGUUUCAGUCCGCUGCGGAGACCAGCUCGCUGGGGAGAAACGACGGGACGGAAGGAGGAUCGGACACUUGUUAUUGAGGGAUUGAUAAUAGAGAUCCUCGUCGGGAAGGGAGUGUUCCCUGCAGAUGUGCAGCAGCUGUUGGUGAUUACAGAGGGUGUUUCUUGGAGUCUGGACAAGCAGGACCCAGAGGAACUAUGGCCCAAUCAGUAUGGAGAGCAAUUGAUGAUGGGCUGGUGGAGAGUGUCACCAGUCUACCAAUGAUGAUGGCUCCUGUGAAGACAGAAGAUGAUGAAAAAGAACUUCAGCCUUGGUCAUAUUUAGCCCACCUUCAUCAAACCCAAACUGAAGGUAACACAGAGGUAGAGGCUCCAACCAACAACCAAGCUAAACAGAUUAAAUCAGAAACAGAUGGAGAGGACUGUGGAGGACCAGAAAUAAGCAGUGACCCAGACCCGAACAGUCAUUUACAACAACACUGUGACAUAAAGGCUUCAGGCUCUUCUGAGAUACAACAUUUGCCAUAUUUUGGACCUGAAAUGGAAAACGAAGAUAAAAACUGGAACAACAACAUGGCACAUGGGUCAAGUGUAAACAAUGAUGUGGAAUGUAACGCUGCCAAAACCUCCCUCAGCUGCUCUGACUGUGGUGAAGAGUUUCACUCUCAACGAUCUCUCCAGAGACACUUAACAAAAAGGUUUUUGAGCUGCUUGAAUAGUAAGAAAUGUUUUAGGGUGAAACAAAGUAAAAAUAACCAGAAAAGAGUCGACACAGGGAAGAAAAAAAUUCGAUGUGAUGUUUGUGGUAAAAUCUUUAGUCAAAGAUUAAAUCUUCAUAGACACAUGAGAAUUCACACAGGAGACAAACCAUUUAGCUGUGAUGAAUGUGGACAUAGAUUUAGUCAAAAAGGACACUUAAACAUACACAUGAGAGUCCACACAGGAGACAAACCAUUUAGCUGUGAUGAAUGCGGACAUAGAUUUACUCGAAAGGCAAGCUUAAACCAACAUGUGAGAAUCCACACAGGAGAGAAACCAUUCAGCUGUGAUGAAUGUGGACACAGAUUUAGUCAAAAAGGACACUUAAACAUACACAUGAGAAUCCACACAGGAGACAAACCAUUCAGCUGUGAUGAAUGUGGACAAAGGUUUACUCAAAAGACAAUCUUAGUCCAACACAUGAAAAUCCACACAGGAGACAAACCAUUCAGCUGUGAUGAAUGUGGACAGAGAUUUAGUCAAAAGACAAGCUUAAACCUACACAUGAGAAUCCACACAGGAGAGAAACCAUUCAGCUGUGAUGAAUGUGGACAUAGCUUUAGACAAAAGACUAGAUUAAAUGAACACAUGAGAAUCCACACAGGAGACAAACCAUUCAGCUGUGAUGACUGUGGACAAAGAUUUAGUCAAAAGACAAGCUUAAACCAACACAUGAGAAUCCACACAGGAGACAAACCAUUCAGCUGUGUUGAAUGUGGACAUGCAUUUAAUCAGAAGACAAACCUAAACCAACACAUGAAAAUCCACACAGGAGAAAGACCAUUUAGCUGUGAUGAAUGUGGACAAAGAUUUACUCACAAGACGGGCUUAAACCAGCACAUGAGAAUCCACACAGGAGACAAACCAUUCAUUUGUGAUGACUGUGGACAUAGAUUCAGUCAAAAAACAAAAUUAAACCAACACAAGAGAAUCCACACAGGAGAGAAGCCAUUCCGCUGUGAUGAAUGUGGGCAUAGAUUUAGUCAAAAGGCACACUUAAACUUACACAUGAAAAUCCACACAGGAGACAAACCAUUCAGCUGUGAUGAAUGUAGAAAAAGAUUUAGUCGAAAGGCACACUUAAACUUACACAUGAGAGUCCACACAGGAGACAAACCAUUCAGCUGUGAUGAAUGUGGACGAAGAUUUAAUCAAAAGACAAACUUAAACCAACACAUGAGAACCCACACAGGAGACAAACCAUUCAGCUGUGAUGAAUGUGGUGACGUUUUUAUGUGGCUUUCCUCUUUAAAAGGACACAAUUGUGUCCACACAAAAUAGAAGGGACGCAGUUGCAGGAUUUUGCUGCAAUCUUGCAAACAAUUUGUUGUUUGCAGUGUAGAUAUGUGUCGGUUAGAAGAACUUCAGCGGUUACUUCAUGGAAGUUGCUCACGUAAGAAAAAAUAUCGACAAACUAGCACCAUCUCCUAAUUUAGUCUCAAUUUGUUUAACAAACUUAGUGCAGCCUUAUUUAACCUAGACAGACUUGAACAGAGGUCUCCUACAAUCUGUCUUUCUGAUUCUCCAAGUGUUGGCCUCACACUGUUAUCAGGGAUCUACCGAUAUGGCUUUUGAAGGCCGAUGCCAUUUUUUUCCAUCAGCCCUAGCCGAUGACCAUUACAAGGAGUCUCCCAAUUCAGGGUCUGCACACUUCGAAGUGCGAAUUUGUUGGCUACAUAUUGUCUUCACGGUGCGCAAAGAAUUUGAAGGACCCUCCAAAUCCAUCCUUUAAAUCCGCACUUCUUUUGGACUCAAUUGAAGGCCGCUGGUGAUAAAUUCUUCGUGGCCUCUUUUCUCUCAGAAUUCAUUGUGUACAAGAAGGUGGCGAAUCAGCAACCAAGCUCAGAAGAGUAUGUUUUCGGCUUCAAUAAAAUUUUGUUAAAAUACAGUGUUUUUUUAACUACACUUUAGUAGAAGCGUUACAAAACCAAGUGCACUAUAAACAUGUUUGUUAAAUGGUGACAUUAAAAAUCUGUAAUAUUCGAUAUUCAUGGAUUUGUAGGGGGUUAUAUGACGUGUGUACUGGCUAGAAGACAACAGAGCUAGGUAGGCUGUCCCAUUUAAGCGGUCUGCACACUUCGAAGUGUGCAGACCCUGAAUUAGGACACACCUAAAGCCUGCCCUUUUUUUCUUGAGCUGUUAUUUGUUGUCAACUGAUGUUGAUGUUUCAGCUCCAUCCAUAACCCAUUUACUUCAUAAAAAUGGCACAAUGAUAACAAAUGUUAGUCAAAAACAAAAGAAGAAAUUUUCAUUGAACUUAAAACAAAAUUUAAUAAAUUGUAAAAAGAGGUAGAAAGGUGAGUUAGAAUAAGUAAUGUAUCUUUACCUUUGUUAAAUGUUAUCAAACAUACAUUUUAAAAAAGAAGGAAAAUUAUGUAAAAAGAAAUAAAACAACUAAUUUUCAAACCUAAUGACAAGAAAAAUAGAAAAAAAAAUUACUGGUA